GAUUUCAGUUGCGCGUGGGACUUUGAAGCGAUAGGUUCAAGUGAACUCAAAUCUAUGCGAAUAUAAUAAAAAAAUACAUAUCCGUAUAAAAUUUUUAUCAUAUGCCAAAUUGUAUUUUUAUCUCUUUGACUUUAAACGAAUUUAAAAAAUCAAUUUGCGGAAAGAGUGAAUAAAAGGUGAUAUAAAACACGUAAUAAACAAAAUUUCCAAAAACUACUUGAAAGUGUUUGUGCAUGAACAAUUGUUGAUAUAUAUUGAAUCGCCAACAAAAAAUGGGACUGCAGAAAAGUUAAAGAAUUUGAAUGUCAAUGUUAGGUCAUGCUGUGUGCGCAAUAUUAAUUGGUAUUAGUUUAACAGACAGGUGUUCUUGGUUUUAUUUAGCGCACUGACAGACAUUUUAUUACACAAAGAAAGUUUAAUAAUGAACUUGUAUCAAAGUUCGGGCACCAGUUUACUGGUGUAUUGUGAGAUAAUCUUUUUGGUUGGAUUUUGUAUGACCAAAAACCAUGGAUCAGCACAUAAAAUUAAAGGAAAAAAACCGAAUAUAAUCAUUAUUGUUGCCGAUGAUAUGGGUUUUAAUGAUGCCAGCAUUCAUGGUUCCAACCAAAUACCCACGCCAAAUAUCGAUGCUUUAGGAAUCAUGGGAGUACAAUUGAAUAGGCAUUAUACAGCGCCAAUGUGCACACCUUCACGUUCUUCUUUACUGACAGGAAAAUAUGAAUCCAACUUGGGUAUGCAGCACUUUGUCAUCCCUAGCAAUGCUCCAUACGGCUUAGAUCCUUGCGAAAAAACUAUGGCUAACUAUAUGAAAGACGGUGGAUAUCGAACAUAUCUUGUUGGAAAAUGGCAUUUGGGCUUUUUUGAAAAAAGAUACACACCAUUGUAUCGAGGUUUUGACUCACACUUUGGAUACCUUGGGCCAUAUAUUGAUUACUUCAACCACAGUUUGUCAAUUGUACCAAUACCUGAAAUGGCCAGUGGAUAUGACAUGCGCAAAAACUUAAGCGUUCAUUGGGAUACAAUAAAUCAAUAUGCAACCGAUCUCUUCACUGAUAAGGCAAUAGAAACGAUACAAACUCAUGAUAAAAAUAAACCAAUGUUCAUGAUGCUGUCACAUUUGGCACCUCACACAGCCAAUGAAUUUGAUCCGAUGCAAGCGCCAGAAGAUGAAAUUAACAAAUUCGAAUACAUUAAAAACGAAAAACGACGAGUAUAUGCUGCAAUGGUUUCAAAGCUGGACGAGGGUGUGGGAAAGGUUGUAAAAGCUCUUGAUCAAAAUAAAAUGCUUGAGAAUAGCAUUAUUUUGUUUUUUUCCGACAAUGGAUCGCCAAUUGUUGGGGAACAUGCAAACGCUGGUUCCAAUUUUCCAUUUAAGGGUCAAAAAGACAGUCCUUGGGAAGGUGCAACGCGAAACUUAGCCGCUAUAUGGAGUCUUCAUUUGAAACGACGGCAACGUGUCUCAAAUGAAAUGUUCCACAUAUCCGAUUGGUUGCCAACAUUUGCCAAAAUUGCUGGUUUCAAUAUUGAAGGUCCAAUUGAUGGAAAGAAUAUUUGGAAUUCAUUGUCAUAUGACCUACCAAGUCCACGCCGUGAUGUUCUAUUGCAUCAUGAUCCUGAAGUUCCAUAUAUGGCAUAUAUCAGUGAAAAUUUGAAGCUAGUAUCUGGUUCAACCUAUGAUGGAAUGUAUGACAAGUGGCUCAGCGAACCAAUUGAUCAAUCGGAAGAGAAUUCAACAUUCGGCGAGAAAUACAGUGAAGCAAUUUUAAGCUCAAAUGUUGGACAAGUGUUACAAAAAUACUCAACAUCAAAUCGAAAUAAAUUCUAUAAUUAUGUUGAAACUGACUCGCAUACCAUUUCGGCUGAUGAAAUAAACGAAAUUCGAUUUAAGGCCAAAGUGACAUGCAAUGGAAACAUACCACCAAAUAAUAAUAAUUCUGUUGCGGCAUGCAAUCCAAUUAUAUCACCCUGUUUAUUUAAUAUUUCCGAUGAUCCGUGUGAAACCACAAAUAUUGCAGCACAAUUUCCAGAUAUCGUAAAGAAACUAGAAUCAAAAUUAGAUUAUUAUUGUGAAAUUGCAAAACCUAUACGAAACAAACCAGGCGAUCCGCGAUCGAACCCGGCAAACUUUGGAGGAAUUUGGACCUGGUGGUAUGAUGAGCUUAACAUUACAACGCAAAGUACGGCUUGGCGCAUGGGAGAACACUCUUUACAAACCCACAUUCCAUUUCAUAUAUGUGUAGCUAUUGUUGCAAUGAUCAUCACAAGAAAGAUGGCGUGGCUUUGAAAAUAUCAUCAAUUUAUUAAGUAUAAGUAAACUAUUCGACGAUUCACGUGGUUUCCAUGAGUUUUGCAUACCCAUCACCUUGCUGUAUUACGGCCUAAUCCCAGCGGAUAAAUUAUGUUUCUUUAGCAGUACGAUAUAAAUAGUGUACUAUUGGUACAAUUUGAUUUUGCGACAACAACAAUUUGUUUCGACAUGCUCUAUGCAAAGGCCAUUGAACUUGAAAAAUAAUUCUUUAUCAUUAACAAAACAAUGACAAAAAAUGAAUUGAGUGAUUUUUUUAUAAUUUGAGACAUAGAUGGCAUUGUGUUACUUCACUCAAUUGUUUCAUAUAUAUGGGAGAGGAGAAAAUAUCAUGACCGUCUCCAUUACAAUGAAUUAACUAUUUGAAUUCAUCUUGAUCGUAUUUUCAUACUAAAAUGUUGUUUUUCAUUUAAGAUCUGCAAAAAAACAAAUCAUGAAAGAAAUGAAAGAAAAAUGGUUUCUUAAAUCAA